AUGGUAACCAUUUUUCACUGGGACACUCCUCAAGACCUAGAAGAUGAAUACGGUGGCUUCUUAAGCGACCGCAUAAUAAAGGAUUAUACAGAGUACGCAAACUUCACAUUCCAAGAGUACGGACACAAAGUGAAACACUGGAUCACAUUCAACGAGCCAUGGGUGUUCAGUCGAGCUGGCUAUGACAUUGGGAAAAAAGCACCGGGACGUUGUUCUAAGUACAUCAAAGAACAUGGUGAGCUGUGUCACGCUGGACGGUCAGGAUUCGAAACUUAUAUCGUUAGUCACAACUUGCUCUUGGCUCAUGCCGAUGCCGUUGAAGCCUUUAGAAGUUGCGAAAAGUGUAAAGGUGGUAAAAUUGGGAUUGCUCACAGUCCUGCUUGGUUUGAGCCGCACGAGCUCUCCCAAGAAGAGCACGAAGAGCACGAAAAGCACGAAGAGCACGAAAGUCCUGCAGCUCAUUUGAUUGACUUCAUCUUAGGAUGGCAUUUGAAUCCGACAACACAUGGAGAUUAUCCACAAUCGAUGAAGGAUCAUGUCGGUCAUCGACUACCCAAAUUCACAGAGGCACAGAAGCAGAAGUUGAAGAACUCUGCUGAUUUUGUAGGAAUCAAUUACUACACUUCACUAUUUGCAUUGCACGACGAAGAGCAUGAUCCUUUGAAACCAAGUUGGCAGAGUGAUUCCCUCAUCGACUGGGAACCAAGGUAUGUUGAUAGAUUCAGUGCUUUUAAUAGUAAGCCUGAUUUUGCUAGAGUGGAAGUCUACGCAAAUGGUUUGAGAAGCCUAUUGAAAUAUAUAAAGGAUAAAUAUAACAAUCCUGAAAUCAUUAUCACCGAAAAUGGAUACGGAGAAGAUCUAGGCGAGCACGACACAAGUCUUGUAGUGGCCCUCUCUGAUGAACACAGAAAGUACUAUAUCCAGAAGCAUCUCUUGAGCUUAAACCAAGCAAUUUGCGAGGAUAAAAUAAACGUUACAGGGUAUUUUCUUUGGUCACUGAUGGACAACUUCGAAUGGCAAGAUGGAUAUAAUGCGAGAUUUGGGCUCUACUACGUCGACUACAAAAACAAUUUGACUCGCCACGAAAAAAAAUCAGCUCAAUGGUACUCGAAUUUCCUCCUAACUGGACCAAGCGAGUCCGAGCUUGAGCACGAUGAGUUGUAG